AUGAUCGACACCAUUGUCCGCGAUUCAUCCAUCAUGAACAACUUCAGACAUGAACAUGUUCUUGUCGUCAUGGCAAUCUGUGUAGGGUUCCGAAAAGAACCGUGGAUUGUACUACCCUAUAUGAGCAAUGGAGAUCUUAGAUCGUAUAUUAAAGACAAAUCUAAGAACUUUACAGCUCGACAAUUGUUGCAGUUGGCUCAACAAGUGGCUGGAGGAAUGGCAUACUUAUCAAAUUUAAACUUUGUACACAGGGAACUUGCGGCCAGAAAUUGUUUGCUGGAUGAAAAUCUCACAGUGAAAGUUUCCGAUUUUGGACUGACCACUGAACUUCAUGAAAUAGAAUAUUUCUCAAACAACGCUUCUAAAUUUGUUCGUCUGCCAAUAAAAUGGAUGGCAAUUGAAAGCCUUGAAAACUUCUUGUUCACAACGAAAUCCGACGUGUGGUCGUAUGGUGUUCUUUUGUGGGAGUUGAUGACACGCGGGGUUGUUCCCUACCCUGAUUUACCUCCUCAACAAAUCACCUCAUUCUUAAAUUCUGGAAAAAGACUCAAAAAGCCUAAAUACUGUCCGCCAAACGUGUAUGCCAUGAUGAACGAUUGCUGGCUCGAAAUUCCUGAACGGCGACCAACAUUUACGGAUCUGGUUAACAGGUUGGAGGUCUUGUUGAAUCCUCCGAAAAGGAGGCGGGUCAGCCAGAAGGAAGAUGAUGAGCCUCUCUACAUUAAUGCGCGUGAUAAUCUUUCCCCUUCAUUGUGAUACCCAGUUUAGGUUUACAAAUUUCGGAAAAAUUUUCAUAACAUUUUAUUAUUCUUUUAUAUUUUGCACGUAGUCAUUGUCACAAUACCCCUUACUUUGAUUGAUGCUACUUUUAAUAUUUCAAUAACACUCAUAUCACACUAAUUGUUUGCUUUUGGUUCGUUUGCGUAAAAAAAUUAUGAAUUUUUAUUGUCAAUUGUCGAUUGAUUGAUUGAAUUUACAUCCAAUUUUACAUGUGGCUGAACCAACUUUUUCAACUGAAUUGGUUACAUUAUUUUUUAUUUAAAUGUAAUAUGUUCUACAACAUACCUUUGAAUUUUUUCCAAAAAAAUUUACAAAUUAGAUUUAUUAUUUUUGGUCAAGUUUUUUGUAUUGCAUCAUAUUUUUAUGUUUUGAUUAUUGAAACUUUUCAAUUUGAUGUAUAAAUAUCUAUUUACGUUCAUUUCGUUUUUUUAUGGAUGAUUU